GCAGUCCCUGCUUCUUCAGAUUUGAAAACUUGACUGGACCUCGCUUCGUUUCCUGACGCCUAUUCACGUUCUCGCUGCGCUCGCCAUCAACAUUCUCUGUGGUAGCCGCUUUUGUUCGCAUUCUCCGUGCUCGUCGUUCGUGUUCAAGCUUCUCACCUCUCCUUGCACGUAGCCUCUACUUCGUGUGCUUCUGGUCUUCCAUCGUUCUCAAGCUUCUCGUCUUCUAUUGUGCUCGAGCUUCUACACUCUAUUUUCUUCUCAUCGUCCGUCGCGUGCUUCACUUAUCUUUCGUUCGAGGACGAAAAGAGGAAGCUUGAAGAAGACUUUCCUCCGGCCACAAUCCCACAGAGCCUCCAACGCUUCAAGGACGUCCUUCCAAUCACUUUCCUCACCUCCCUCUGGCUGUGAGCGAAUUCAGCAGCUUCCUCCUUGAACGGGGGCGGAGCGUUUUGAGCUUUCGCCAUUCGUGCGAUAGAAAAAGGCAAUCGAAGCAUAUAUUGGCGGUGGAGCUGCUACUCUUCUCAGUUCUCCCGCCAAUUCCAUCAAACCAUCGGUUCUUUUUCCGUUCGUCCCAUUGCCACGAUGGCUUCUUCCGUCGAAGAGUUCGUGAACAGAGAUAUUCAUCUAGAGUCAGACGACCUCGCUGUCAUCCCCGUUGAUCUUACUCCAAGCCCUAAACGCCAUGAACAUGGGGAAGCUGAGGAACCAGGGAUUGGAGACAGUAUAAAAAUCCAUGGUCGGAAAAGGAAGUCCAAGGGGGUUGCUAACGAUGACCCUAUGGAUAAAGAAGAGAAGCUUGUCAAAAGAAUAAUCUUAUCAUUGACGAAGCCUUCUUAUGUUCUAGGACUGUGUCCUGACAAAUUGAGGACAGAGAAUCAGUGCAGAUUGCGCGCUAUAUUGCAGAGACUCAUCAAACAACAAAACUGGGUGGAAGCCAGUGGUGCCCUUAGUGUGUAUCUGCAGGCAACGGUUAAAGAAAAUUCACCCUUUGAGAAUCAAUUUAAGUUUGGGGUUUUACUAGAGUUUCUCAAACAUGCAGAAAACAAUCCUAUCAAUCCUACAAGAAUCAAGAACAUCUAUGAUGUUUGGAUGAGGAAGAAUGGGUCAAGGAAGGAUUGGCCAGUAGAGAACAGAUUUGCAGUUCAUUUGGAGUUCAUAUUUUUUUUAAUUAUGCAAGGCAACAUGGAGGAAGCAUACCAGGCUGUUCUGUGCCUCAAACAAGAAAAUGGGUCUGAUCAUGAUCCUAUGGCAAGUAUGAUCAUGGGUUUGGUAUUCUAUGAGUUGUGGUAUUCUGGUAUUCCGAAAGAGUACCAAUGGAGAGAUUUAGACCAGACUGACUCCCCACGGACCUCAUAUAUAGAGGGAGACAAAUUCAGCAAUCAACAUGGACAAUCAGAGUGGCAUAAUACAGUUGAAACACACAUAGGAGAGGCUUUUUACAAAUGCGACUCAAACUCAUCCGUCUUUAACAAUAAGAAAAUAUCUAUGGAUGCUGGCAUUGACCAAGACACGAGUGUUCCUAAGGUGAUCAAUGAUGACCCUCAAAAAGAAAAACCUCCUUCAAACUUCCAGCCUCAAGGUUUUUACAUGGAUUCUGAAGAAGAUGCAGAAAAUAGAGACUCUGGCUUAAAUAAUAGAUUUCAUAUGCAAGAUGCCUCUUCUUUAUAUGCUCUUGAGGGACUUGAUUCGGGGUUGUUACCCUUGCAUUUACCUGACCACAACAGUUUGGAGAAUUUCAUUUUCAUCCACAACAAACUGCUUAAUGACUAUUACAGAGAGGCAGUGAAGUAUUUACAAAUAGCUCUCGACUCAACUCCCACAGCACUAGCAGCAUUACUACCGUUGAUACAGCUUUUGCUGAUUGGAGGUCAAGUUGAUGAGGCACUAAAAAUACUUGAGAAGCAGUGCUGCACUUCUGCCUCUGCUCUUCCAUUUAGGUUGAAGGCUAUCCUCUUGGAGCGGUUGAAAUCAAACGAUUCUCUCUUACUUGGACGCUGUUUUGGUGAUGCAUUAAAGAAGGACCAAACAUGUUAUGAAUCAUUAGCAAAGCUUGUGAAGAUGCAUCUAAAUGGGAACUAUGACGUUGAAUCUCUAGUUGAGAUGAUUGCUCUACACUUGGAUGCUACAGAUUCUGAUCACAACACAUGGAAGGUGUUUGCUUCUUGUUUCUUUAUAUUAUUUAGCAAUGAAGAAGAUUGUAUGUCUUCAUGCUUAAAUGGUAGCAAAGAUGAGCGCAAAGAACACCUUGGAUCUCUCCCAAGCAGAACUCCAGCAAUAUUUACAACGAGGCCUUGGAGGGUCCGAUGUAGGUGGUGGAAAAGAAGGCAUUUUGGAUCAAAGAAUCUUGAAUCAGAAAUUCAAGCUGGUGAUUUGCAGUUACUCACGUACAAAGCUGCAUGUGCAUCGUAUAUAUAUGGUCGAGAGAUCCCUUAUGUUGUGAAGUCUUAUUCUCAUUUAGAAAAACAAGAUGAGAAGGAUUUGUUAGGCUUUUUGGAUAAUCAUAGUCACAACUCAUAUGGAUUUUAUAAAAAAUUUUGACAUAAAAGUGCAUAGCAACAUAUAUAUAUUUUUACAAA